AUGUCUCUGACCAGGCAUGAUGCAAACACUGUCUUCGGUGUCUUGUCCCAGUCAGUCAUUGAGCACCAAUCAGCACAGGCAUGGAGGAUCUUGGAAAAUAAUCUUUUGCCGUUCCCUCCCGAGCCCUUGUCACGCUUCCGUUUCUCCCCCAGCCCCGCUAAGCUUCCCAUAUGCCCCGGCUGCCUGGCUAAGCGAGCUGCCCUCGCCUUGCAGGGAAAAGGACACAGCAAGCAGAUACUGGUGCUGGGCCUGGAUGGGGCUGGGAAGACCAGCGUUCUCCACUCCCUGGCAACUAACCACGUCAAGCACAGCGUGGCUCCCACUGAGGGCUUCAAUGCUGUCUACAUCAACACUGAAGAGUCCCACAUGGAGUUCCUGGAGAUCGGGGGCAGUGAAUCUCUGCGUUCAUACUGGAAGAUGUACUUGCCCAAAGUGCUGUUGCUAAUCUAUGUUGUGGACUCGGCUGAUCAUGCCCGACUGCCUGUGGCGAAACAGCUGCUUCAUCAACUGAUCCAGAAUAACUCCACCCUGCCGGUGGUGGUUCUGGCCAACAAGCAGGACCUUGAAGGUGCAUAUUGCAUCACCGAUAUUCAUGAUGCUCUGGCACUCUCUGAGAUUGGGGAUGAGAGAAAGAUGUUCUUGAUCGGUACCCACGUCGCAGAAGAUGGCUCCGAGAUCUCCUCCAGCAUGAAGGAUGCCAAGGAGCUGAUAGCACAGCUGGUUUUGGAAACACAGUGACAUCUCUUCCUACAGUGUGAUAUUUGAGCUGCGGGAGAUGAGGUGUUAGUGUAUGGUCAGUUUGCCAUGUGGUGACUGAAAUGUACAGAUAUUUUUUCCUUGUGGGUGUGAAAUUCCUCUGAAAAUGAUGUCUAGUUGGUAAGAAAAUCUAAUUUAUAGUGGUUUGAAAAUACGUCUGAAAAGUAAUCUAUUUUUAACGUAUUUGUAGGUGAAGAUUAGGACAGCAGUUAAGGGGAUAGAUAACUUAGAUGGUCUGAGAUGGCUUCUUGCCAGGUGGAAAUCAAGCAUUGACUUCAGUGGAACAAAGUUGUAUCCAGGAAAUUUAACCUGGCUUGAUGUCUCGGGCUCAAAUUGAAAUAUGUUUACUUCACAUGAUUUACAGAACCCUGUUAGCAAUGUUGUUUUGUUAAAAAUGAGACCUCACUUCUUGACAGUGUCAGAAAUUUAAAGUGCUGCAACUAGCAUUUUUGACAGUGACAAUUUUUGUUGUUGCUGUAUUGGAGCUGUUUUUUAAGGGAGUGGCAAAUUGGGUUGGUUACUGCUUCUUUAGUGGGUAAGAAUGAGAAAAUGAAAGCAGUAAGACGCUAAGUGUUUCUUUGCCUACAGGGAAAAAACAAAACAGUGUAAUUUAAGGUAGUGACUGGAAGCAUUUAAGUUAAAUUGGCACAGAAAGUGGGAGACUCCUCGAUCAGGCUGAGCUGCUUAUUUUGGUUUAGUACAGGUUGUCCUCGAGCAAGCAGUUUUACAUGUGAAAAGCCUGUUGUUGUUUGAAAGUGAUUUCUGUUAACACAGCAGGUGAGGCAGAUGAGUUGCUGAGGAGUGUCACUCUCCCAGUGUCCUUGUACUUACACUCCGGGAGCAGUUCUGUAAAGGACCUGUUUUGCAAGUGCAUUUACUGUAUGAGGGUUUUACAGUUUUGUCCCUUGGAACAGAUUCAUAAAGCAGAAAAUUUUACCCUAACCA